AUGGAGGCGUUCACCAAGAGGGUACGAACGUUCGACGCGUUCCCCAAGGUGGACUCCCAGCAUACGGUUCGCCUGGAGAGGGGUGGGGCACAUACACUUCUCACAUUGUGUUGCUGUCUAUUCAUUGCGUGGGUUGAAUUUGGACUGUUCCUCGGAGGGUUUAUUGACAAACAAUUUGGCGUCGAUCCCGUUAUAAAGCAGGACUUGGAUAUCAACAUUGAUAUGUUAGUGGCAAUGCCAUGUGAUUACUUACAUACCAACGUUAAAGAUCUUACCGAUGAUCGCUUUAUGGCUGGAGAAGUGCUUAAUUUUGAGGGUGCUGAGUUUUUCUUGCCCUCAUUUUACCGUAUCAACGAGGUUAAUGAAAGACACGAAGCGCCUGAAUUUGAGCUGGUGUUUCGUAACUCAGUGCGAGCCCAAUUCGUUAAUCUGGGCUAUCGGCAUGCGACUGAUGCCCCCGCAUGCCACAUAUAUGGCUCUAUCCCCGUUAACCACGUGAAGGGCAUGUUCCACAUAACUGCGAAGGGAUAUGGGUACGGUCUGAUGUAUGAUAAGGUUCCUAUUGAAAAUUUGAACUUUAGUCAUGUCAUUCAAGAGUUUUCAUAUGGUGAGUACUUUCCGUACUUCGAUAACCCAUUGGAUGGUACAGGUAAGACCACUGAAGAAAAUUUGCAGUCAUACACGUAUUUCACAAAGGUGGUGCCAAUUGAAUAUCAAAAAUUGGGAUUGCCCAUUGAUACAUAUCAAUACGCCCUCACUGAGCAUGCAAACAUAUGUCCAAUUGAUAAACAAGGAUUUGUAAUGGGCUACCCGGGCAUCUUCUUUCGUUAUGAAUUUGAACCAAUCCGCCUCCAGGUGAUUGAGCGCCGAAUUUCAUUUUUGGCUUUUGUUCUGCGUUUGGGAACAAUUGUCGGGGCAUUGUUGAUUGUUGGUAACCACUUUUUCCGUCUUUACGAACGUUUAUUGUUGAUACUUUACGGUCAAAGAUACGUCGAAAAGGGGAAAGAAAAAGAUAAAGGUGGGUUGCUUGACCCGAGUGUAAUGCACUGCGUUGUGAUCGUAGAAGAUUGCGUCAACGAAAUCAAACGACUACACGCACCGCCGCAUCAAAUUCGGCGCGGAAGAAUCGACUUCAACGAAGCCAUUAUCCACAUCGGAUGCUUACGUAUAAUGUCCACUAAGCAUCGUCGAAGCCGAAACGGUUGUCAAGAAUGCAAGCGAUCCAGAACUAGAUGUGAUGAAACGAAACCCGCUUGUUUAAACUGCAUUCACAAAGGUACGGAAUGCGCUUACACAUUGACUCUUCAUUGGGGAGGACGUCCGCGUAAAAGUCAACCGGGAGAUGAGCAGUAUACUCCGGAGACUUACAGGAAGCGUCAUUUGAAGAAGCUCACAAAACCUGAAGCAAAGGCCAUUAAGCUUGACACUUCCCCUACGAUUCAACGGGUGGUUUCAAAUGUUGGAACUAGUACAGCAAACAAUCCUCUUGCUGAACGAUCUAUAUCAUCUGGCAUGGUCUCAUCAGAAUUGAUCUCAUCACUGGGAUACAACCCUCGUUUUGAAACUUCACAAAGUCAACCUUCCCUGAACGAUUUGGCACACAUCGGAAACAACGGUUUCCAGGCCAGUUCUGGCCCAGUGGAUUUGAUUUCGCUGCCAUUGCGUGAUCAACCUUAUGAGGGGGUUGACGAAAAACGGCAGAUUUGCAAGCGGGAUGGUGAAAAGUUUGCAACGAUUCCAUUUGAGGCCAUGACCCCAUCUGAGGUGUCCACCAACGUAUUCCCUGUUGCUUUAGAUCUACAGCCGCCGUCGAAUUCUUCACCUGCUCUGAGUGAUUCCUCAAAAGCAUUGGAUUUCAACUUCUUUGGUGUUGACUGGACAACAACGGUAUCUGCUACUUCUGCUCUUGUCAUGAAUUCUCCAAUAACAGCUUCAGCACCUCAAACUGCUGAAGAGUUUCUUUUGAACUUCAGCGAGGACAUCGCGCGAACCACUGACUUCGAUGAAGAAAUCGAUUCAAACUACACUUCGUAUGCAGCGUCCCAAUCUAGCAUUCCACCAUCCUUGAUGCCUUGGCCAGAGUUGAUCUUAAAUGUUGCCUAUUAUCGAAAACUUCUCCACUUUUGGGUAACAGAGGGGUGUACACAUUUAGUGCCAGCUCCAUGGGCAUCUCUGCAACAGAAUCCUUUUCAGGUUCUCUUACCAAGGAUGGCCAUGGAAUAUCCUCUGGUAAUGACGAUUAUGUUGGCUUUUGCUGCGAAAGUUCGCUCGCAGUUGUUAGGAUAUCAAGAUCUGCCACCAGACAUCCGAGAUCAGCUUCUUAGCCGAUCCUGUACCGAACUUAUUCGCCUUCUCAGUGAGAAGGACACCAGCACCAGUGAUUGCACUCUUGCGACCAUUCUAUUAAUGUCCAGCUAUGAGGCAUUCGAUUCUAAGGAUAUGGAUCGACACAGGGCUCAUGCUCGUGGUGCUCGAAAAGUUAUAAAUGCAAGGUUGAAAAAGAUAGGACGAAAGAUGAGUGAAAUUUCUUACUUUUUGAUGAGAUGGUUCGUCUAUAUUGACGUCGUCGGAGGUUUACUGACUACCAAACACCAUCAUAAGUAUAUUCGGGACCAAGAAGAGUAUGAGCCUGCUGAGCUGCUUCGAGCAUAUCGUCAUGGUAUUGAUGACUUAACAGGUAUGGAAGUGAACCUCUAUCCACAAUUUGCGCGUAUUUCAUACCUUUUAAGAGAAACUGAAACAUUCAUAGCAGAAACUGGAUAUGAUGCCGUUCCAAUUGAGGUUAUCAGUGAAGCUUUCGAAGUCGAAAGAAAAAUUGAUGAAAUUGUCAAGGGUACCAUACUGGGAGAACCAAUUCUUUGUGUUACCAACAAAUUGUUCUGCUAUAUGGGCUUGAUCAAUCUAUACCGGCGCGCGCUAAAGUUACCCAGGCAGCACCCUAAAGUCCAAAAACUUGUGCACAAUAGUUACUUGAUUUAUCGCAACGAUAUUGAACCACGUCUGCCGGCAGAUUUGUGUACUGUAUCUUGUGCGUUUACGAUCGGCUGUGAGUGCGUUGAUCCCAUACAUCGUCAACUAUUUGACAGCCGCAUGCGUUUGCUUGGUGAUGUUGGCAAUGUAAACGCCAUAAAAUCCCACAGCGUUAUGAAAAGGUGUUGGGAAACUGGAGAGGACAAAAUGGCGGCUGCCGAAGUUUUGGACAUUGAUGUUACCCCUCUUUAA